UCAAUACAGAAAAUGAACGUGCUGUUCGUUAGAAACAAUUGCCGAGUGUCACUGUAUCAGGUUUGACACGCGAAUCUGUUGACGAGUGCAGCACAAAAAACGAUGGUAUAUCAACUAGGUUCAAGUAGCGGUGUAUCAAUGAAGGGAUUUUAAGAUGAAUUCCAUUUUCUGACAAAAGUAACGUGUGAGUGGGGGGUGUACGAGAAGCAUGUGAGGUGUUCCUCACAAUCCUGUCAUUCUGCUUCUUCAUUCUUGACUCAUUGAGAGGAGCUUUCUGGGGACUCUUGAAAUUUUCUUGAAUCUUUUGAGCUUUUUUCUGGAGAGGAGAAGAAGAGAGUAAAAGUAAAGGAUGGCAGGAGGUGGAGGAGCAGCUCCAGCACAAAAAUCAGAUGAACCAACUCCUCAUCCAGUAAAGGAUCAACUGCCCAAUGUUUCUUACUGCAUUACCAGCCCUCCACCAUGGCCUGAAGCCAUUAUUCUUGGAUUUCAACAUUAUCUUGUGAUGCUUGGGACUACAGUUAUGAUUCCCACCAUUCUGGUUCCCCAAAUGGGAGGUGGAAAUGAGGAGAAAGCCAAAGUUGUUCAGACAUUGCUAUUUGUUGCUGGAAUCAACACCUUAUUACAAACGUUCUUUGGGACGAGGUUGCCAGCUGUGAUUGGAGGGUCAUACACCUUUGUUGCACCAACUAUUUCUAUCAUACUCUCUGGUCGAUGGGAUGACCCGGACCCCACAUCGAGAUUCAAAAAGAUAAUGCGGGCCACCCAAGGUGCAUUUAUUAUUGCUUCAACCCUUCAGAUAGCCCUCGGAUUUAGUGGUCUUUGGCGCAAUAUUACAAGGUUCUUGAGUCCGCUCUCAACAGUUCCUUUGGUUGCACUUGCUGGUUUUGGACUCUACGAGUUUGGUUUCCCCGGUGUUGCUAAAUGUGUUGAAAUAGGGUUGCCAGAGCUUGUGAUUUUGGUCAUUUGCUCCCAGUAUUUGGCUGUUGUGAUAAAGUCUUGGAAGAAUAUUGUUGAUCGCUUUGCUGUUAUAUUUUCGGUGGCGCUUGUAUGGGUUUUUGCACAUGUACUCACUGUUGGUGGGGCCUAUAAUGGGAAACCACCAAAAACUCAAAUGAGCUGCCGAACUGACCGUGCUGGACUUAUAUCUGCUGCCCCAUGGAUUAGAGUUCCAUACCCUUUUCAAUGGGGAACACCUUCAUUUGAUGCGGGCGAAGCAUUUGCUAUGAUGAUGGCUACUUUUGUAGCUCUUGUUGAGUCGACUGGUGGUUUUAUUGCUGUUGCAAGGUUUGCUAGUGCAACUCACACCCCACCUUCCAUUCUCAGCCGUGGUGUGGGUUGGCAGGGAAUUGGCAUUUUGUUAUCUGGGUUGUUUGGAACUGGUGCUGGCUCUUCUGUAUCUAUUGAGAAUGCUGGCCUUCUAGCACUUACCCGUGUCGGCAGCCGAAGAGUGGUUCAGAUAUCUGCCGGAUUCAUGAUUUUCUUUUCUAUCCUUGGAAAAUUUGGAGCGGUCUUUGCUUCAAUUCCAGCACCCAUUGUGGCAGCUCUAUAUUGCUUGUUCUUCGCGUACGUAGGUGCUGGGGGCAUAAGUUUGCUUCAAUUCUGCAAUCUGAACAGUUUCCGGACAAAGUUCAUACUCGGCUUCUCAAUCUUUCUUGGAUUUUCCAUCCCUCAGUACUUCAACGAGCACAUCGCCAUCAAGGGCUAUGGACCCGUCCACACCAGGGGCCGAUGGUUCAAUGACAUGGUCAAUGUUCCAUUCAUGUCGAAAGCGUUUGUGGCGGGGAUCAUCGCGUAUUUCUUGGACAACACAUUGGGGAAGAAGGAAAGUGCGGUGAGGAAAGACCGAGGCAAGCAUUGGUGGGACAAGUUCAAGUCUUUCAAGACCGACUCGAGAAGCGAAGAGUUCUAUUCCCUCCCUUUCAACCUCAACAAAUACUUCCCGUCCGUGUGAGCUUCAUAGCCAUCUUCAUUUGCUCUAUCGUCUACCCACCCCCACCCCCACCCCCACCCACCCGCCUUGGUGCGGAAAAAGUAGUAGAUUAUAAAUAGUGGGGUUAUGCUACGGUCACACCACGGAUGACACCAAGGGUGAUACCGUCAUUGUCUCUCACGGAUGGUCCGUGCGAGAUUGUCUCUGGUGGUGUCAACCUUGGUGUCAUCUUUGGGGUAAUGCAGCAUUGCCCCAAAUAGUAAGCAUGACAUGGGCAGUUCUUAAUUAGAAACAUUUGUCAAGACUUGUCGGUAUUCUCUGGUGUAAAUUUGUCGUUUAUGGUCAACUGCAUUUCUACUUGCUUAUGAUCGGUUUUUAACGGUACAUUUUUUGUAAUCAUUAUGACAAGAUCCAAUUCUCAUCAUAUAAGCAAAGCAUAUAUAAUCAUUGAUGGGUUGUGCUAGGUG